AUGCUCCGCUCGUCCACCCCUGUUACCGAUGACACAGAGCAUGUAGAUUCUGGUCCGCAGCGUCCUUCACGCCUACAGCGUGCUCGCACAUCGCUUCACAACUUCAAUACUCGACAUUCCCCUUUCUCACGCCCCACGCAACUCUCUCGCUCACGGACAGACGACUUUGGAUACGCAUACCCGCAUGUUGAACUCAACUUUGACAACUUUGAGCUCAACUUGGAUCUUGCUACCUCGGAUCCCGCGCCGCACACUCCAUCGUCCCGUUCGAGUUUCCGUCUCCCCACUUCUCUUUCUGAACGUCUUUCCGCGCUGCGAUCUGACAGACCGACAAGAACUCCUCUCUUGACCCCAAGACUAUCUCCUGCCGACUCACCUGAACCUCGAGCUGCACCAGAAUCGGAGCCACUACAAGCUUGGACUCCUGCUGCAGCACAAGAGCCGUCUUUAUUGAGCGGCACAAGGCCUAGAACAGAAGGAGACGGGCAGCUAAGAGGGGGAGAAGACAAUACAGCCCUGAUUUCUCGCAUCCUGUCGGUAGCCGCUGCGACAACGGCUGCCACUCUGCUUGACGGUGAUCAGGAGGCCAUUGCAGAGGCUCACAGCGUGAGUGGCGAUGGCACUUUUAGCAACUUCCUUCAAUCAUUGGAAAGCGGGAGACUGGCAUCGGCCCUCAGACAGGGCGGGCAAGGCGGACAGACGUCGGCCAACGCCCCGCUCAACUUCUUUCGAAUGUUCCGCUUCGGCUCGGGAACAGGCAGGGAUGCUUCAACGGACGCUAAUGCUUCACCAUCAACCCAGGCUGGUCCCGAUGGUCGUAUGGUUCCUGUAAUCAUUGUGGGCAUUCGAUCAGUGAACCAGACGAAUGGUAACGGGGCUCAAGAUGCCGCCAUGCCGCCCUUCCUUGAUGCCUUGUCAGCUUUGCCCAGAUCGCCCUUCAAUGGUGAGAGUGAUAGUAUUGACCACAUUCUGGAUCCGACACCUACGCACCGCUUCAGUCAUCGACGACGGGCUUCUAUGGGUGGCCUCUCCAGUUUCCCUGCUGCAUAUGAUGCCCAGCGCCAUUCAUCUACCCCUGAUCGUACCCGCUCCCGAUCUAUAGCCACUGCUCGCCCACCCUUGAGUCCCACACUGUCUCGAGUCAGUUCCGCUAACUCUGCCACUCGAAUGCCCGAACGUCCUCCGUCCAGCCGCUCAAACUCAAACUAUUCUGACCGCCGUGAGAGCAUCAUUCGUACUACCACCACAACCACAACUCUCGAAACUACUGCCGAGGAUGCCCCACUGCGCCCUCGCCCACAUCGUCCGCGCAGACUUAGCGAGUCAGACUACGGCCAUCGUGGAUAUUCAUCACGCCGCAAUGGCUUCGUCGAGCCUGACAAUGCAGCUGGCGAGAAUACCCGCAGUUGGAUCAUCUACGUCCUUGGCGGCAGUUAUCCGGAAAACCACCCAAUCAUUACUACCCCGAGUCUUUAUACCGACUCGCCUACCUAUGAGGACAUGAUGUUGUUGUCGGCCUUGUUGGGUCCUGCCAAGCCGCCUGUAGCAAGUGAGCAAGAUGUUGCAGAUGCUCCAGGUAUCUUCAGGAUACAAAGCUCUGGCACUACUCUUCUUGCUGUUGCAACUGAAGGAGAGGAGAGCAUCUCUUUGACCUCUGAACAGCGUUGCCUCGUAUGUCUAUGCGAUUUUGAACACGACGAAGAGGCUAGACGUCUUGUCAAAUGCAAUCAUCUGUUCCACAAGGAGUGCAUAGAUCAGUGGCUCACUAAAGGUCGAAAUUCCUGCCCUCUUUGCAGAGGUCAAGGUGUCGAUGAAAAGGAAAAGCCUGCUACGGAUGAUACAGCUACUGCCCCCUCUUCUACGGAAAGUCCCACCCUCGACACUCCUGCCGUGUUCUGA